AUGGGAAGGCAGCCUUGUUGUGAUAAGAUUGGUUUGAAACGAGGGCCCUGGACUAUUGAGGAAGAUCACAAGCUCAUCAACUUCAUCCUCAACAAUGGCAUCCAUUGCUGGCGUAUGGUUCCCAAGCUUGCAGGUCUGCUAAGAUGUGGGAAGAGCUGCAGAUUGAGAUGGAUUAAUUAUCUGAGGCCAGACCUCAAAAGAGGUGGCUUCACUGAAACGGAAGAGGAUCAGAUUAUUCAGCUACACUCUCGUCUUGGUAACAGGUGGUCUAAGAUUGCUGCACAUUUUCCUGGGAGGACGGACAACGAAAUCAAGAACCAUUGGAACACAAGGAUCAAGAAGAAGAUGAAGCUGACUGGUCUGGACCCUGUGACACACGUGCCGAUUGAGCAAAUGCAAAAGCAAAUCACUGAUGAUGAUAAUAAGAGACAGAGAAACCAGACAAGGCCGAGCUCCGAAGAAAAUGUGGAGAUCAUCAUGAAGCCCUCGGACAGUAGCGGCUGCACACAAGUUGUUUCAGAAGAACAAGGGAACAAGGAAGAACUAAACAAGGUGACCUGGGAUGAUACCUAUGAUCUUCCCAACAAAAACGACAAAAUAUGUUCCGACCUGGACUUCGGGUCACGGAUGAACCCAGACAAAAACACCAGUACUACCAGCUCUUCAUCUUUUUCUCUGGAAGAUUCUAGCCACCUUUCCAUGAGUGACUCUUCUUACCUGCAGGAGAACUCUUUAAUGGAAUGGGUUGAUAGUAUCAAUAUAGAAUCCAUUCUCCAAUGGGACGCCUUCGAUCCUCUGGAUCAGGAUCUUUCCUACUUUGGAAAUAGAUAAUCAGUAAUAACAACCCUUAAAACUUCCCCUACUGUGACAAUCUCUCUAAAGCAAAAUAACAUCUCUGAGGAAAGCUAAAUGUAAACAAGUUUGCUACGUACUUUGAUCGA